AUGUCUUUGCAUCAGGCACCCGAGCCGGGCUCAGAUCCUGACAGCCCAGUCCAUGUCGUCUUUGUCGGCGCUGGUGCUGUCGGCUGUUUCUAUGCCUCGAGGUUGCACCAUCCAAGCCAUAACAUCUACACCUCCCUCAUCGCACGCUCAAACUACAAGGCCUUGGAAGCCAACGGGGUAAAGCUCCAGACUCAUACGUUUGGCGACUACACGUUUGUUCCCGAUGCUGUCUUCCCGUCGGUAGCUGCCGCCGCCGUAGCACAACCUAGGAGUAGCAGCAGCACCGGGCUGGACACCGCCUCGUCCUCGUUAUCGCCUCCGUCACCGCUACUCGGGGCCAGGGACUGGGACUUCGUCGUGGUGACUACCAAGGCGUUGCCCGACCGAUCCGAUGACUCCGAGCUGAUUGCGCCACUCGUUGGCCCUCAGACCUGUGUCGUGCUGAUCCAGAACGGCGUCGGCGUCGAGGCACCCUACCGCGCCCGCUUCCCACGCACACCCAUCAUCAGCGUCGUCACGGUUGUGUCGGCAGAGCAGACGAGCCCCGGAAUCUUCCGGCAGAACCGCUGGACGCGCAUCCACCUGGGGCCGUACAGCAACUCGGCUUCGUUCUCGUCGUCACCGUCCGUCGCUGGCGGCGAUGGCGGCGACAACACCACGGCAGGCCUGACCCCUGCCGGCUCCCCCCACCCGACCGCUUCCGGUGCCGCGGCAGAAGCAGCAGCCGGCGACGAAGACGAACACUUACAAAAGCGUGGCAUGGCCUGCGCGCAGCGGCUGGGCGACUGGUGGACGCGGCUCGGCGGGAUCCGCGACGUGGAGCUGUCGGACGAGAUCGGCUUGCAGACGGUGCGGUGGCACAAGCUAUGCAUCAACGCGGCCUUCAACCCGUCGGCGGUGCUGUCGGGCGGGCGGGGCAACGCCGACAUGGCGCGGGAUCCGGAGCUGCGCGCGCACCUGGCCGGCGUCAUGGGCGAGAUCUGGGCCGCCGCGCCGCGCAUCCUCGGCCGGCACUUCCCCGCCGACCUCGCGGGCCCCGAUAAGAUCCUCAAGAGCACCGAGCGCAACGUUGGCAGCAAGCCGAGCAUGCUGCUCGACUGGGAGGCCGGCCGCCCGCUCGAGCUCGAGGUCAUCCUGGGCAACCCCGUCAGGAUCGCCCGCGGCAAGGGCGUUGACCUGCUGCGCAUGCAGACUCUGUACGCGCUGCUGCGCAGCGCUCAGCGCGUACGCGAGGAGCGCCCGAGGGAGAAGAAGUUGUGA